AUGGCUUUUGUUGGGGAGGCUUUUCUAUCUGCUUUCAUUGGGACACUAUUUGACAAGUUGGCCUCUUCAGAGCUACUGAAGUUUGCACGCCAAGAGCAAGUCCAUGCUGAAAUCAAGAAGUGGGAGAGAAUGUUGUUAAAAAUCUAUGCAGUGCUGGAGGAUGCAGAGGAGAAACAGAUGACAAAUCGGAUGGGGUCCAAGAUAGAGACAAUCACAGCCAGAUUACAGGAUAUUUCAACACAGAAAAGUGACCUGGUUCUCAGAGAGAAUGCUGGAGGGAGUUCCCACCAAAUAAGAGAUAGGCUACCAACGACUUCUUUGGUAGUUGAAUCUCAUGUUUAUGGUAGGGAAACAGAUAAAGAGGCCAUACCUGACAUGUUGCUCAAAGAUGAAUCCACUGACAAUGAAGUCUGCAUAAUUUCAGUUGUUGGCAUGGGAGGUUUGGGCAAAACUACUCUUGCCCAGCUUGCAUACAAUGAUGACAAAGUGAAGGAUCACUUUGAUUUGAGAGUUUGGGCUUGGUUCAAGUCUCUCAAGGAAAAAUUAUCGGGAAAAAGGUUUCUACUUAUUUUAGACAAUGUUUGGAGUGAAAGGAGUGACAAAUGGGACAGCUUGUGCUCUCCUUUAGGAGCUGGGGUGUCAGGUAGUAAAAUUAUUGUCACAACUCGUAACAUGGGAGUUGUUUCUGCAAUCACUGGAACUUGUUCAAGUUACACCCUGGCAGAGUUGUCAUUUGAUGAUCGACUAAAACAUGGAUUUAUGGGAGUUGUCAUUUACAUUAUUUACUAUUUACGAUUGAUUUAUGGUCUGACUUGUCUAAAACAUGGAUUUAGGCCAUAUUUAGCAGCCCUUGAAAACCUGGUGAUAUGUGACUGUGAUGAGUUGACAUCUUUGUGGGAAAAUGGAUUGGGAGCAGAUAGCCUCGGUCAUCUUCAACAUUUGAAGAUUCAAGGGUGUCCUGCACUUGUGUCUUUGGAGGAGCAGUGUCUGCCUUGUAGUCUUGAAUAUUUGGAAAUAAAAGGCUGUGCUAACUUGGAGAAGCUGCCAAAUGGAUUGCAAAAUCUCACGUCUUGA